UUCAUUGCUGAUGAAAACAAACCGAAUGUUUAAAUGAUCAUUUUUUAGAUAUAUAUCGAUGUCUAAAAUUAACAGUUGUUGAUGUUUCUUGUUUGUUGAGACGUCAUUUUGUGACAUAUGUGAGACUGGUAUUUUGGUGGACGCAUUAUCUACUUCGACUGGAUCGUAAGCUUUGGGGUGACAAUGUCACGGCCACGAUCAAGAUCACCCCUAUAUACCUACAGGAGACGAGAGGCUGGGUCCUAUGUUGACCAGUUCCCUUCAGCUCUGGAUUCCAAUCCUCGGAGAAUGUCAGGAGACACCAGCAGGAUGGCAGAUGCUGCGUACUGGGGCAAUGCUCCUAGUCAGGGAGAAGAGGUUGACCACUGGGCUAAGUUUAUUGAGACUUUAGCUUAUGCCGAGCGGAGAAGACUCUCACCCACAAGACACCACGGCGAAGGUGGACCGAAGAGCUAUGAAGAAAGACAAUCUCACUCUCCACGGAGGAUGCCCAUGGAGAGGCUCCUUUCCCCAAACCACCUUUAUCACGAUACACAGCUCCACAACAGGAUACCCUCACCAGGCUGGAGGAGGGAUGAGCAUGGGUUUUCUCAUUCAGAAAGGCAGGAGCAGAAUUCAGGCAGGAACCACAGGGGCUCAAGAGGUUCCAGUCCCAGGUCCCAUCAGUCACAAGGGCGGAGACACGACAGGAUGGAGCACAGAUAUUAUGCUGAAGAUUAUAAGGAUAAAUAUCAUGAAAGAGGUUCAUUCCCCGAGAGGUACAAGACCAAAUUAAGUGAAGCUGAAUAUCCAUGUUACCUGCUUUUUCAACACAGGUCACAGCCCAAGAGAUCCGAUUUUAGGGAUCAUCACCAUUCCUCUAAAAGAUCUAGAGAUUUGGAUCAUCUGGAAGAGCACGGUGAAUCACAUGGGGGUUUCAGUCAAAGCCCCAGCCGCACACCUCUUAUUGUGGAGCAUGAUCAUGGGUUCACCAAUCGUGGUACCGCUGCUAGGGAUCCCUCUAGGGAGAGAAGAGACCAUGAGCAUUAUGAGGGAAUAUCACAUGACAGACACCGCCGAGAGCAAGGACAUAGUACUCGCGAGGAAACAAGACCACAUCACUAUCACUCUGGAGUAAGGAGGAGUCCUAGACAGAGUCCUAGACAGAGUCCCAGGAGGAGUCCAAGGAGGAGUCCAAGGAGGGAUAGGACAAGACACAUGGAGCAACCUGUACUGGAGUCUCACGCAAGACACCUCCAAAAACAUCGGGCAGUGGAAUCCAGCAAAGAUGUGGAUUUGAGACCAGACAGGUUAAAGCAGUCAAGAGAUGCCAUCGCCCCUACAUGGAAAGAUGACAGACCUGGAGAGAGACAUGAAGGCAAUGUAGAACCAGAGACCAUCAGGCAAAGAGCCCCUUAUAAAAGGAAGUCAAAUGCAAGCCCCGCCUUUCCACCGCAAGAGAACUUUAAUGAGCAUGAGACCCUCAAGAUCAAAGUGGACAUGAAUCGCCCUGUGGGCCAGAGCAGCUCUUUCAACUACUCGUCAGAUCGACAGCUGUCUUUGGAUUUAGUCAACGUUGGACGUCAGCGUCUGGACUUCCUGCCAAUGCUGGAGCAUUCUGGAUCGUACAGGGAGACAGCAAUGCACUCUGGGACAUUUGCCCAAGAGAUCAUUACUCUAGUACAUCAUGUCAAAGAAAACUAUUUUCAGGGUCAAGGGGUCACACUUAAUGAGCGUUUCUCUGGCCUGCCAAGUGUUGCUUUGGAAGAAGAGGAGCAGGAAGAACCCAUAGUGAACAGAUGCACCAAUCUGCCCACAGACACUCAGCAAAUUUUCUGCAAGAUUGGACAAGUACAGCAACAGAAAAGGCCAUUAGUCCCUGAUGACCUACGACAUGACCUGGAGAGGAGAAGACAGCAGAGACUGGAGGGGGUAAAGGUCACCAUUGCUGGUGGGAACUUUUCACAAAUGAUAACUGAAAGUGGGGAGAAUGAGUCCAACUACAUGAGUAAUGAAGAAAUCCAAGGUGAUGUGGAGGAACAGACCUGGUCAGAGCAGGGACAAGUGGAAGCUAGACAGUGGGUGAGUGAGUUGACUUAA